CAGCCGGCACGCGCGCGGGGACGCCGCCCCACCGUCACACCUGCGCGCUGCACACGAAACACGGCCCCGUCGCGAGCAGGCCGCCGUCAGCGACCUCCCGCCGGGGACCAGUGUCGUCGUCGUCGUCGUCGUCGUCGUCGUCCUGGGGGUGGCGCCGGGGGCGGGGACAUGUACGUCAAGAGGCGCCGGCGCCGGGGGCGGUGCUGUUCGCGCUCGCAGUAGCGCCGCCGCGCCGCCUCCGGAGCCAUGCGGCGGGCCAGCGCGCCCUGCCCCGCCGUGCUGCUGCAGCCGCUGCACCGCCUGCACCUGCUCGCGCUCCUGCUCGCCGCCGCCCUGGGCGCGCUCGUGCUCGGUGCCGCCGUCGUCGGGGACGGCCCGCCGCCCCCGCUGCUCGCACUCGCGCGCCCGGGGGCCGCCAUGUCGCCGGCCGCCGCCAGGAGCGUGGAGCGGCUGGUGGCGCGCUGGGCGCCGCUGGUCUGGCUGUCUCCCGGGGAGCGCUUCAUGCCGGCCGGCGUCGAGGACUUCCUGCAGCACGUCACCCCCGUCACCCCGGUCGUCAGUAAGAAGCAGCGCGCCAGGACGGCGACGGCGGCCGGCCUCGGCGGCAGCAGGGCGAGGCGCGGUGGCAGCAGCGGCAGCAGCAGGACGUCGACGACGGCCGCCCGGGUGGGCAGGGCCGCCGCCGCCGCCGCCCCGGGCUCACCCCAGGGCCCACCCCAGGGUCUGCCCCAGGGCCCGCGCUCCGCCGCCUGGUACCUCGUCAGCAACGCCAGCGUGGACGAGCUGCUGAGCAACUCGUCGUCCUUCCUGUACGGCCGCGACCCGAGCCGCCUGCCCGUGCCCGUCUACGCCGUGGUCACGCUCUGCGACGAGGCCCGACUCCGACCCAAGCUGGACCCCGCGCUGGACCGAGACGACGGGUCCCUCGAGAAUAACGAGCUGCCCGUCGCGGACGCCGGCGGCCGGGAGGCGGCGCCGCUGCUGCACGUCACCUACUGGAUGUUCUUCCCCUACAACGAGGGCAAGCCCGUGUGCGUGCUCGACCUGGGCCCGCUCGGCCCCUGGCCGCUGCCCCUGCUCUGGGGCUCGUGCAUGGGCUCGUGGAAGCACUUCGGCGCGCACGUCGGCGACUGGGAACACGUCAGCCUGUCCUUCUCGGACGUGCACCACCCGGACGCCAUGUACGUCUCGACGCACGAGGCGGGGGGAUUCUACCGCUGGUCCGGGGCUGCUGCGGGAGCAGCAGGCGCCGCCCCGGGGAAGGCGCGCGCGGCCCGCGGGGCCCGCGGCGGCCACCUGGUCCUGGAGCGGCAGGAGGUGCGCAAGGGCUCGGAGCUGCUGCAGCGCGCCUCCUUCCCGCCCGUGGCCAGGCUGCACCGCGCCACGGGCCGGCCCGAGCUGUUCGCUGCGCAGGGAUCGCACGGCCUCUGGACCCGGCCGGGCGACCACCGCUACAUACGGGUGCCGCGUCUUUACGACCACAGCGGGUACGGCGUGCCGUGGCGGACGUGGGAGCGCCUGACGGUUCUGUACGAGGGCGCGGCCUCCACGGCGGGCUGGCUGCGCUUCCUGGGCCGCUGGGGCAACCCCCGCGCCGGCUGCCACCCGCUGUCCGCGGCCAUCUGCGCGCAGGCCGACGGCCCCACGGGCAUCCCCCUCAAGGGCAGGCCCUUCUCCUGCCCCGUCCCCCGCCCCGUGCCUCCCCUGGCCCCGCGCCGCUAGUCAAGCGCAGGUGCCUCCUAGGGAUUUUAAUUUUCCAAAAAAAGGAAUUUUGGGGAAUUUUUAAAAAGAUUUUUUUUAGAAUCCCUUAAUUUUUUCCUGGCAAGUUUCAACUUUUUCCAAUUUUUCUGGAAAUGCUUAAUUUUUUUUUCCAAAUUUUUCGGGAAAAGUUUCCAAAUUUUAAGGAAAAUUUGGGACUUUAAAAUCCUUAGUCCUGCCCCAGCCCCCUCCCCCCGCCGCCCCACGCGCAACUAAAGACUGCCCCUACAGACGUUUCGUUUCGGACUCGGUGCGAGCUAAUCUCGUCUUUGAGCAGCCAUAGCGCGCGCACCGGCUCCGCCACAGCGUAGACUUAGGGAGGCGAUGAAGACUCGUCAUGUACUUAUCACAACACUAUUUAUUAUUAUACAAGCAAUAAAAGUUGCAUUUAAGGACGAA